UCACCCCAAAUUUGCUUCAUCCUCAUCCGGUUUCCGCAGUUUCAGAGGAUCAAAAUAUACAAGCGUUCCGUUUUCAAUAGCCAUUUGUUCAUUUUCUUCAAUGGCCAACUCUAAUAUUCUAAGAGUAUAUAACAAAAGCAUUGCAUUUCCUGUAUUGGGUCUUCUUUGUCUAUCGCUGUUACUGCAGAAGAGUGGUGCAAAUGAGUUUACAAUAGCUUGGACUGUUCCUGAUGCAUCAACUCAUUUUAGUCAAUGGGCAGAGACCAACAGAUUUCAAAUUGGUGACUCCUUAGUGUUCAACUAUUCUCCUGGCCAAGACUCAGUGCUUCGCGUCGGCCAGGAUGACUACACAAAUUGCAAUACUGAUGCUCCAACAGCUGAGAAAUAUACCGAUGGCCACUCUACGUACAAGUUCAACCAAUCUGGGCCAUUCUACUUCAUGAGUGGGAACAAAGAUAACUGUCUCAAAAAUGAGAAGAUGGUUGUGAUUGUCUUGGCAGACAGGAACCAAACAAGCAAUGCAACUCCAUCUCCUGCACCUUCUGGCGAAGCGUCUCCACCUCCCCCUUCACCAGGGACGGUCCAGAUUAACCCGACUCCAGCUCCCGAAAGUGAUCACAUGCCGCCUCCACCUCCUAGCGGUGCUUCUUCAAUUUUCAUCAGUUUAGUUGGAACCAUUGGAGCAGUUGCUGCGUAUUCAUCAUUUUUAUUAUUCUAACUUUCCUGAUUGCUUGUUUGAGUCCUUUGGACAGUUCUCUUUUUUUCUGUUUUUGUUAUUUUAAUUUCCUUGAGCUCAGUUUAUAUAUUCAACUGGCUAAGGAUUGGUGUUUCAUAUGAAUUCGUUUGUUAUUGAGAAACAAGCGGACUGUAAAAUAUGCUUUAGUACGCUUGUGAGAACCCAGCAUACAGAACAAUAAUGUAACUACGCAAAGAAAUAAAUUGGUUUAUACAGUGUGGAUGCAAGAUUCUAUUA